CGGAAAGAGCCUUUUUUUCUUCGGAAAAGAUGGCUUAAAAAGCCAUGAUUUCGAGUCUUUGCCAUGGCGGGUAUCAUUAAGCGCAGAGGGAACGUAAUCUUUCGGUCUCAAACCCUAGCCGCCAUUUACUCCAAGCUGCAAAGGAGUAAUUACACGCUCGCUGAGGGAGUCAUGAAGAAGUGUUCGAGCAUUCGUUCAGUUAUUGAUGAAGACAUAAGUUCAGUUGAUACAUCGAAGUGGAAGAAGGUACGAGCAAGUGAUGCUGGGAUUAAAAAUUCAAUGGUUCCGGAAUCCUCUUUGAAUGUACUGAGUCUCCUUAGACGUCAAGGUUUCGAUGCAUACCUUGUGGGUGGAUGUGUGAGGGAUUUGAUACUCCAUAGAGCGCCAAAAGACUAUGAUGUGAUCACUACAGCUAAUCUUAAGCAGAUCCGGCGGCUGUUUCAUCGUGCUCAGGUUAUUGGGAAACGGUUUCCUAUUUGUCACGUAUGGAUGAAAGGUUCGGUAAUUGAGGUGUCCAGUUUUGAUACCGUGGCACAAAGUGACAGUGAGCAUGAAAAUGAUUUGGGGGAGUCCAAAGCGAAAUAUGGUGUUCCACAUAAUACUGAGGCAAACGAGAAUAGCAGCCUCUUCAAGAUGUAUUCUGGUUGGGAUGUAAAAGACUGCAAUCUCUGGAGGAAUAGCUUGCAACGGGAUUUCACAGUUAACAGUUUGUUCUAUGAUCCCUUUGAAUUUAAAGUUUAUGACUACUCCAAUGGAAUGGAAGACUUGAAGGAUCUGAAGCUACGUACACUUGUCCCUGCACAACUGUCGUUCAAUGAAGAUUGCGCUAGAAUUCUCAGGGGGUUAAGAAUUGCAGCUCGAUUGGGUCUAUCGCUUUCAGAGGAUAUUGAGACUGCGAUACCUGAAUUUAUAUCUUCCGUCGCAAAUUUGGGCCAGUUUAGAUUAAUUUUGGAGAUGAAUUAUAUGCUUGCGUAUGGAGCUGCUGCACCUUCCAUCCUUCUUCUCAUGAAUUUCAAACUACUUCACGUUUUGCUUCCUUUUCAGGCAGCUUACCUGGAUCAAGCUAGUAAAACAUCUCCACCAAGUUCCUCAAUGCUAGUAAGGUUAUUCUCCAAUAUGGAUAAGUUGGUUUCCUGCGAUCAGCCUGCUGACUCAAGACUAUGGAUUGCAGUGUUGGCUUUUCACACUGCACUAGUGCGUAGCCCUCAGGAGGCUAUUGUACUGCACGCUUUUGCCUCCCUGCUCUACCAUAGAAACUGGAGCAGAGCUGUCAAAUUUGCUAGAGAACAUGAAAACUCAGUACUAGGAUACGCCUCUGAGAUAUCUAAAUCUUCGAGUAAGAGAUCCGAUAAAGAUCUUGCAGAAGCAGUUUCAGAGUUCGCAUAUCUAGUUAGAAAAACUUUAAUUGUUCUGACUGAAAUGGAGGCUCUCCGCGAAGCCCUACACCUAUACCCAGACUUCAAAUGCUCUGGUCUGGUGUUUAUACCGAAGACAAAGCGGAAAGAUGUAGCAGAUUGGUUUGCGAGAUUGAGUGAUGUGGAAUCAUAUGAAAGCAAAAAAGAAGGAUUCUCUAUUGACUAUAUCUCACUUGGGAAGGGAAGUCCAUGCGAAAUAGGAUUUGUUCUUGGCAAAAUCAUUAUGGACACCAUCAUCGAACAGCCAAAUUCAGUCGAGAAGAAACAGAGCUCCAGAGAUCAAAUAGUUCCAGCGGCUUGUAUGGAGGAGAAGGCUGAGUUGGUAGUUUCUAAACAAUCAAAGGAGGAUUGCAACGGUCAAGCUCUAGUCCAUGGCUCUAAAGCAUCAUCUGUUUUCAAGGCUCACCAAAGAAAUUUGAAGAGGAUGAGAGAAGACUGUGAGCACAAGAAUGACCAAGAGACUGAGAUGUGUCCAGACUCAACACUCUCUGGUCAAGCAAAGAAUCAAGAUAAGUCUGUAGUUGUCCAAAAACCUAAGCGACGUCGCAAAGAAGCACUAGCCCCAAAGGAUCCGAAGCAAAAGACUUCAAAGAGGUCAAAUACAGCUGAGCAAGAGACUGUGGAAUCAACCUUCUCUGGUCAAGCAAAGAAUCAAGAUCAGUCUGUAGUAGUCCAAAAAUCUAAGCGACGUAAAGAAGCACUAGCCCCGAAGGAUUCGAAGCAAAAGACUUCAAAGAGGUCAAAAUCAGCUGAGCAAGAGACUCUGGAAAGUCUCUCUGGUCCAGCUAAGAAUGAGCAUCAGACCGUAGUCCAAAAGAACAACAAGCGUGGCACUAAAUCACCAGUCUCUGAUCUGCCUAAGCAGAAGACUUCGAAGAACCGUUUGAAGGAGACACAUAAAUUGAAACCGAACGACAUGCCUAUGAAGGAGAUUCAAGAUGCAAAACACGGCUUCGUUUCCGACAAAUCUAUGAGCGAUCUUCUAAAAGUUCUUGUGAAACCAAGUCAGCAAGCGUCUAGUAAAGAGGAGAGCGACUCAUUAUCAUCAGAGAAGACAAAGAGACCAAGAAAACUCUCAAGUCUCUUCAGGUGAACUACAAAAUACUCAGGGGGCUUAAAGCCAAGACGGAGAUCCCUUCCGGACAAGUGAGAAGGUCUUCUUCAUUCAGUCGCAUUCUCACUCCACAAUUUUUACUUGUACGGUACCAUCUAGUGACUUGGAACCAAUAUGUUUCAUCUUUUCCAUCGAUAUAGAGGAUUUUUGUCCCGAGUAAUAUGAUAUAUGCAAAUUAAUUAGA